UCAAUUAAAUACGUAAGGAUGAUGUGUUAAUUUGUUCUCUAGAAAAUAUCUUUAACGAAACAAGCGAUGUGUAGUAAACAAUCCGUAAGUUAUCCGGAUAUAUCGUAACGGCAUUACAAUGUACGGACGUGUUAUUAGUGUAUUGAGUCACAUUCUAAAGGGCGCCAUAACGACGGAGAGGUGUCCCACAUCUACACCUCGUCAAUCGUCAUUACAACCAUAUUUAUUCAUUGGUGGAGCGAUACGGAACUAGCGUUUGAGUACGUAUACAAUGGCGGAAGGUGGUCCCCAUCCAGACCCUCACUCUGAAGACAGCACACUACCAAACCUGUCGGACUCCCACCUUCUCAAAUGUCCGAUCUGUCUGGAGCAGUUACGUCAGCCGAAGUCUCUUCCGUGUCGUCAUUCUCUUUGUGAGGAAUGUUUGAGUAGCUACAUCGUCAGUGAGGUGUUAGGGACGAGUGAUACGGCGACUUCCUUUAUCUGUCCGGUAUGUAGGACCCUAACUCACCCCGUGGACAAAACAGAGGACAAAGAGAAAUGGGCCCAGCAGUUCCCGACCGACACCGUUGCCAUAGAGAUGAUACAACUAAGAAACAGGACGACAGAGCCACGUUACUGCGCGCCCUGUCAGAGAAAGGGAAGCAUGACCCCUGCACAAUUCUGGUGUAAAACUACUCAGUCUUUGUUCUGCGAGUCUUGUAAAGUGGAUCACCAUGAUGUGGUCCAUGUGAGCUGUGAUAUCGUAGAUAUGAGAGGUUCCGGGAAUUUCCUGCUGAGACAGGAAACAUCUGACAAACGAUGCGACAAACACAAGAAUAAGAUCUCUUAUUAUUGUGAGGAUCACAAGUCCCUGGGUUGCAGUAAAUGUAUAACUGUUGGUCACAGGAAAUGUGACAACGUGUCCACAACAGAGGAUUACUGUGAGAAACUGAAUAAUAGCUCCCAACUAGAGGAAAUAAAGACAUUUCUACAGCAAGGAGCAGACGACAUGGAAUCCAUGAUAAAGGACUUUUAUCUACGACAACAGAACAUUGCAGACGACAAAGAUGCGGUACUGAAAAGCAUCGACGACCUGCAGGAACGUAUGGAUAAACGUAUCAGAGAGAUGAAGAAGGAAAUCACAGAUGACGUAAUCAUGGCGUACAAACAGGAAAGAGAAAAUCUGAAGGUGUCCACACAGAAGUGUGAACGCCUGAAGGUCGCUAUACAGAAUACAUUAGCGUCGUCCGCUACAGCUCUACAGAGGAACGCCCAUAUGGACACGAUCCGGCUUUACCAGAAAGGUCAGACGGAGCUCGAGGCUUGUAAUGAUCUAGUGAAAGAAAUGCAGAUGUCGAUUUCAACUGUCAGUAUUGAACAUGAAAUCGAUUCGGACGUGACAAGUCUGAACUUUGGUAAAGUCGUUGUCCGAAAGCAGCAAAGAGAUUUCCCAGGUGUCCCAACUCUCGGCAAACCUUUAUCCCAAUGUGAAGUAAAGGAAAUAAGAAAGGUGACCAUAAAAUGUCCGUCUGAUCAGUUAGAUUGUGCUGCCCGUGGUGUUGUAUACUUUCCUAAAGGCAGAAUUGUGGUGGGAGAUAUAAACAAUAAGAAGAUCAAGUUAAUCAACGACGCUGGGGAUGUUGUGGACGAGUUGAAAUUGGAUGGAAAUCCUUGGGAUCUGUGUAUGGUGGAUAACACCACUGUGGCGGCCGCUAUACAGAGUCCCGGAGGUAUACAUGUAGUGACUGUGACACCCUCCAAACUUACACUGUCGUCUGUAAUAAACACAAACAAACAAUGUUACGGUAUAACGUACAGAGUUGGUGAGUUUAUCGUGACUACAGGAUCCGAAGUCUGCAGUGUUAAGAAAGACGGGACGACCAAGACGUUAUAUCGAUAUACUGACAAAGUAUACGCGUUGUCACAUGAUUCCAAGGACGGACAGCUCUUUAUCGCCCAUUUUACCGCCAGUACUGGCAGUACGGCGAUUGGUAGGUUGUCUACUGACAAUAAGUACACGGACGUGUUGAAGGUUGGUGAAGCUAAGAAUCCGUAUGGAGUGGACGUCGACAUGGAAGGUAACGUCUAUGUCUGUGGUUACAGCUCCAACAACGUGGUACAGAUGUCCGGGGACGGGACUAACGUCCGGGAACUGUUAACGGCAACGGACAGUAUCACAUACCCGAGGGCAAUAUCUGUUUGUGGUGAUAAACUGGUGGUAACAAACCAGUCAGGUCAGACGAAUUCCAUCCAAGUGUUUCAACUUGUAUGACUUGCAGAAUCAAUCGUACACAAGAUCGACAUUUGACAUAAUAGUGUAUUCUUUAUAUAUCAUUAACAUAACUGAUUUUAAUUAUUUAACGAAAAUGUAAAAAUCAUUUCUAUCUUAAAUGAGAAUGAUGGAUAAAAUCAAAAGUGUUUGUAUUGAAAUGAAUAUAUUACGAUUAAAUUACCAAUAUCAGUUAUGAAAAAAACAAAUAUUACUUAGUUCUGAAUGAAGUGUCAGUUACGCAUAUACCUUUUGUGUUGACAUUGUCGGACUUACAACCAAAGCGGGUGUUUGCAAUGUGAUAUGAAUAUAUACUAUAAUGUCACAUGUGAUAACAUCCCUCUAAUUAAGCAUUUGAAACAUAAAAUGUCGACUUCUUCGUGAAUUAAGGAUACGAGAUAAUUGUUAGACUUUUCUUUAAUUUAAGCAUUGCUAAAUUCCUGUACGUUAUCAGUCAAUUCCAAGUAGAUAUUUACCUUACUACUGUAUUUGUAAACCAUUUUAAGUUUCUGACCGUGUUUUUUAGUCUAAUAAGGAAGUUUCUCCAAUAUUGUUUUAUAGCGCAUUGUUUUAUUUCUGAUCGAGUCUCAGUCAUAUAGAUUUAGUUCUGAUAAUAGAGCAUUUGCGAUAGAAUAACUUUCGUCCUUCCACGGCUAUUGUGGCCCCGUAACGAAACUCGAGGACCAUUUUGGGCUACCCUUUCUGUCGAUCCGUUAGUCCGUACAUCCGUACGACAUUUGUGUUUUAGUUGUGUUAAAUGUGUUCUAAAGAGGUUAAUGGGUUGUAAUGGCCACCUCUGUUGUAAUGUACCGUUUGUAUGUUUUUGUUGCCAUGGUGUUGUGGAAAUAACCAUGGAUAUAAAGCUUAAUAUAUUGUAUUACCAAUAAUGUCAGCACCAAAUAACGAGAAAUAUUUAAAUAUAGUAUCAUAGUAUUGUGCAGUUCGUCAUUUUAACUAUGUCGAUUUAUUUACAAAAGUCAGUCCAAUGCAUGUUGAUACCAAACUUUUAGAUCCAGAAUCAAGGCAUUCGUAAGUUCCGUGAAGUACAUGACCCAAUAAUCUUCAAUAAUCAAACGUAAUUUGUCCUAGUGUUUACACAUCAAAGGAUAAUAGUCAAAAUCACGAUUGCUAUUAAUAUUUCUUUGUUCGUUUCUUUUGUCAAGUCACUCCCUAGAAAAAAUGGUAUUUCUGUUAUUUUGGGUGCCGUUGAUUUCCUGGUAAAAGGUACAAAGGGAUUCAGAAUUUUCUUGGUGAAAAUGAUGAUGUUCUAAUCAGCACCUGUCGUGGAGAAUGGUAAACCUAAGAGAAUGGUAAAUCUAAGAGAACAUAGAUAUAGAUAGAAAAAUGAGAAAUAUACAAUGAUUCUGAUAGUGAAACAUAUCCGUUUUAAAUGGGCAAGAAUAACGUAGACACAAAAUAAUGAUGGAGAAACAUUCAGCCUUGGUGGUUUGUAUAUGUAAAGAGAGUGUCAAACGGUGAGAGGCUGAGAGGUUAUCAAAGUGACUUCAGGGAUAACACGAUAUAACAUUGUGUGUGCUUGUUUUCUCUUCAGAAACUCCUUAAUAAAGUAAGUAAUAAUAAUAAUAAAAAGAGUAAAA